GAUAUCAGGAUGCAUAUGGAAAAGAGCUAGGCUAAAUCAGUCCGCGCUAACCAGCCUAUUUAGAAGGGCACGGUGCCAUCAUGGAAAGAUGGCAGAAACUUGUCGCUGUCACUGUUGUUACACUACUUUUCCUAGAGUUUGUUGUGGGGUUGAGUAUCAGGAAUGAACAAUCAGGCAAGUGUGUUGCAGUACUGAAGCAUAGGGGGCGCUACAGGCUUGAGCUUGUUGACUGUCAGUCGGGCUCUGCCUCCCAAGAGUGGCUGUGGGAUCCAGAGAGUUGCUCCAUCAAAAGCCUUGAGGCCGAAGAGUGUCUGAGUGGCACGUACCCAAAGCACGAAGGUGUCCGCCUGCGCAGCUGUCUGGAUGGGGUGGAUGGUGGAGAAGGCCAGGCUUGGAGCUGCUCCAAGAAGGGCCACUUGACUCUUCAAGGCGCCCGUCUUCACCUGAGUGAGAGGCACAGCCAGGAGCACCCGACCAAGAGCAUCUACCUCUCCAAGGACAGAGGGCCGGCCAGCCAGUGGAGGACCCUCAGCAACAGCUCUGUUUGUGGAGAGGGCAGUGGUGGUGACAUGUGCCACAAGCGCCACAACAGCCUCUUGCAGCAUCCCACGUCGACACCAUCCACACCACCUUCACCACCUUCACCUCACACUGAAAAUAAGACACCUCUGAAUCCAAUGCAUCUGGGUGAGGGUCUGGUUGCCCUUGGCCCCACUGAACAAAACACGAGUACUGAGUGGUCUGUUCAGCCUCACAGCAGUCUUGCUCCAGAGAAAGGCAUGAUGGACCUUUUCAACAUGGAUUUUGGAAUAAGCUGGAAGGUGGCCAUGUUGGUUUUAAGCUCCCUGGCUCUUGUGUUGGGCUUUGUUAUUCUGAUCCUCAGCAUUCUUCAGAACAGGAAGAAGAACGUGGUUGUGCUGAAGUCGUACACACGCACAGGGGAGGUCAGUCAGCCCGGCUCCCCUUCGCUCCACGACCGCGCUCUCCUCACCCAGAACCCCGUGCAGCCAGCAGCACACUCCCCCUGUCUGCCACGAGGGGAGAUCUUCGUGGCGUGGAAAGAUGGAACUGUGACACCACUGUUUGACAGCAGCUACCAGGCAAAAUGAUUGGGUUACUUGCUAACUGAUAAAAAAAAAAAAAAUGGGUAACCACUGUUACUACCACUAUGGAUACUACUGUUACAUACAUACAUUGUUGUUUUUUGUUUGUUUUUUACUGAUGGAAUAUCUGAGUAAUGUUGAAGCAUUCUACACAUGUGUGUGUGCCGGCCUUGUAUUUGGGAUGAUGCUCUCCUUGCUCUGUGCACUCUGUUUUUGAUUAAGGGGAGUUGAAAAGGCAUGAGCCCUUCAUUCCUCCCAUUCCUCUGCAAAGCCAAAAUGAGAUGAAAUUCAGAAUAGUUGGGCAGAGAGCAAAGAGGAGGUUGGACUGAUUGGGUUCCCGGAGUCUCGUAAAUCCAACGCAGGUCCAAUGUGGAGAAGGUUUGGUGGUCUAUGUGUAUGCACUAAAUAUAACACUGGAAAGUGGAGCAUCUUAGAUGAGCUUGUGCUGUGUUUGUUGUCAGAAAUGAAAAAUGCCUUCAGGAGGAAAAUAUUUCACAUAAACUUCAUGUUUAUGUCAUGUUAAGCCAAGGUUUGAUAAGGAAAACGUCCAAAAUUUAAAAUGACCUAAAAAUAGCAACAUUAUGUGAACAACUGCUUUGAUGUAACGUCAAAAACAGCUAUGCUCUGUGUCUAGCUUGUUUUUUGACCUUAAAAAGGGAGGUACUGCUGUAAAACAAAUACUACAUACAACUAAAAAUAUAAACAUGAUGUCUAGGGGGCAUCAAGCUGUUCAUUGACCUCUAGAAUAUUAUGGUGGCAGAUUAGGUUGCGACUGCAUUCUUUGAAAAUCUACUUAAGCGCCCUGAAGGGAUGUUCACAAAACACUGUGUUGGGGUAGAUUCAUGCCAAUUACAGUCCUAUAGUAUUUUGUAGCAUAACAUUUUCUAACAUUUUUUGUAUUUUUUGUCAAAAUUAAUAUGCUGCAGACAGACUGUAUCUAAUGUGAAAUGCGUUGUAUGUGUAUGUCAUUGUGAAGGAAUAUUGUGUGACGUCAGAUUAUAAAAAUGAUCAUGAUCUUUGUUGAGAAUCCACAAUACUAAAUGGCGUUAUAACGUUAGCAACUGCAUUCUGAAUGUACAAUUGAAUAAGCAUAAUGUUGAAUGCAGAUUUGAAUGUCAUUCUUACUGGCUCAUGUAACUUACUGGCUCCUCUAUAUAUGUAAAAAUCUGAUAUUAGAAAUUCUGAUAGUGGGAUAUGAACUAUCACCUCUCACAAGCAUCUUGACUCAGAUGCUCUACAUGUGAAAUGGCCCAUGUAAGUGCCAGGGAAAACAGUGAAGGAAACUAAUGAUCAGUAAAACAUGUCAUAUUGAUAAA